AAAAGAUGGCAAGAAUGGCAGCCUUUGUCUGUGCUUUGAUCAUCUGUAUUGCUAUUGUUCCAGCAGCAUAUGGUGAAUAUUACACAAAGAGUAGGCAUGUCCCCAGGAAGGAGAAGGUGACCCGCCUUCACUUCUUCCUCCAUGACAUUCUUAGUGGAAAAAAUCCUUCUGCUGUCAAGGUAGCCGGGUCUAAUCGCACCGAAGGUGACAAAUCACCAACACCAUUUGGUAGCGUAUACGCCAUUGAUGAUCCUCUUAAAGUGGGACCUGAGCCAGACUCGAAGACUAUAGGGAAUGCACAAGGGCUCUAUUUAUCAUCCAGCCAAGAUUAUAGUAAAUUUACUAUAGUGAUGUGUGUUGAUUUUGGAUUUACAGAAGGUAAGUUCAAAGGAAGCUCAUUUAGCGUGUUUUCGAGGAAUCCAGUGACGGAGGCUGAUCGCGAGGUUGCGGUGGUUGGAGGAAGAGGGAAGUUCAGGAUGGCUAGAGGAUUUGCCAAGGUCAAAACUAGCCAUUUCAAUGCUACUAAUGGUGAUGCUGUUCUCGAGUAUAAGGUCACUUUGAUUCAUUAGUAAGUUAGCUACAAAUAUUCUCAUCGGGAAUUCUAGAGCACAUCGCAAAACGAAAACCUGUUGGAAAAUUGUUGCCAUCACAUGGAUCGAAUGAAAGGUG